AUGGCAGAUAAUGUAUUUUCACAAAGUUCUCCCUCCUUUAACAGAUGCAUCAGUCACCCUCAAGAACCCUCGGAGGAUCUAACCACACCAUCCUCCCAGAGAUCUAGAGGUAGGCCUAAGGGCUCCAAGAACAAACCUAAACCACCUUCUGUGGUCAUGGUAGAGCCUGAAACCUUCAUGGAACCAAUUUUUAUUGAAAUUCCAACUGGAAAAGAUGUCGUCGAGUCAAUAAUAAAGACGGCUUGGCGUCAUCAAGCUGAUAUAUCAGUGCUUGGAGGUUCUGGUCUUGUCUCUGAGGUUAUGCUUCUCAACUCGGCAUCCCUAAACUCUCCAUUCACUAUCAGAGGAAACUUGCAAAUGACAUCUCUUAUUGGAACAUAUUUUAAUCCUGAUUCGGAUCGCGUUCCUUCCGAGUUUGCCGUCGAUCCUGCUUACUCUUCUUUUUCCAUUUUCCUGUCUGGUAAUCAUGGUCAAGUAUUUGGUGGAGUUGUUAGCGGAAAGGUUAGGGCUUCAAGUGUUGUUCUGAUUUCUGCCACUAUUUGUAGGAAGCCAAAGCUUUAUAGGGUGGCCUCCAACAAUGGAGACAGACGCGAAGAUGGAAAGGUUGAUCCAAGACUUGUUGGUGAUGUUGUUCUACAACAUAACAACAAAAACAACGUUGCCAAUGUGUCCAAUGCUCCUCAUGCACUGGCACAACCCAUUUUUACUAAUAAUUUCUAG